AGGUUUUGACAUCCACUAUAAAAGUUCUUGCUCGAAAUUAAACAAAGUUACUGUUGAAAAUGUUGUGUAACAGUGAAACUGACCGAGAUUCUAAAACCUUUCAAAUAUUAUAUUUAACAUUGUUCUUAUUUUGUACAUUUAUACAAUUAAGCAUAGCAUUAUCUGUGUCUGAUACGAAUUAUAAUACAACAUUAACAAACAAUACAUCAAAUAAUUCAACUGGUGAUGAUUUAUAUGUCAUAAAAGCAAUGGUGUAUGAAAUUGGAAUAUUAACAGAUGCAGAUAAUGCAACUAACGAUACUACUGAGAGACAAGAAGUCAAACUCUCAUUUUACAAUCCUCCUACUGAGGACAAUGGAUCAUAGAAAGACGUUAUCUUUUACUGGUAAAGUUAUCUAUUGUUGUAUAUGAUUUGAUUAAUUUCAUACAUUUCAAAGUUGUAAAAUUGAUACCAUAUGAAAAUUUGAAUAAAAUUUGUACAAAAAGAAUGUAA